AAUCAAAUACAGGGAGAAUUUUAUGAUUAUGAUAUUGCUCUAGUGUUUCUCAGGUUUUGAGUAAUGGAAGCACGGAAAAGGUAGUUAAAUGAAAUCGUUUCAAUUUGUUUGUAAAGUUUGUAGGAAUUCUUGAUUUAUUGCCCAUAAAGGAACUUAUUACUUUUACUAUUGUUACGUGACUUUUCUAGGAAUUAUUUAGUGUAGUUGGUUUUGUAAACACAUGUAAGCAGGUGCAGAAGUAAAUUUCCCUUGACGAUUAAACUGCAUGAAUAAAUGCAUUGUUCUCGUUCAGGCCCGACUUGAUUAGUUACGUAAUUGGAGAAGAGGUGCAGACGACGACGAGGAUGGUGCGUGCGUGCGUGGUUGUUUUGGUUUCGGGUGACCGUAAGUACGGAAAAAUCGUUAAACAAUGGAUCGCAGCGUUUAAUGGGCAAUGAAAAUGGCGGGCAAUGAUGUGUUUUCUUUUAUUUUCUCUUAUUUCUCUCUCUCUCUCUCUCAGAGCUUUUUGUGCGUUAUUUUCUUUUUAAUGGCGCCGAUCGCUGGGAAUUUAUUGCGAUUGGGCAGAGGCGAUGGGAACGGACCGAACCGAACGGGAGGCGAACUUUUCAUAACGCCUCCGAUGCCCGGUACUUACAAUGUCAAUGGUACCAGGUGUAAUUUAUGUGCCGAACAAUGCGAUAAUAAAGCACGGGUAGUUGCAUUACAUUUUUCCUACCGAAGGACUAGAGGAGGAUGGACGCUUCUGGUGAGAGCCUUUGGUGGGGGCACAUCCGGUGCAGAGGCCACAAAACCGUCGCUCCGCACUGGACGCUCUUUAGUCAGCGAUUAAACUCUUUAACAUUAGCAUCACCUGCAGUAGACCAGGAACAGUUCAGGGUUCACCAAUCGACAUAGCCAUGCAUAAGUUCAGUGUUCUAAGUGUGGCUCUAAUGCUGUUCGCCGCCAGCUCGCAAGCCCAGAGGAUCACGACCAUACAGUUAGACAAUGUCCAAUAUUUCGUUAGCCGGAUGAACCCGUACUCGCCGGAACUCAAUUACUUUUUAGCAUACCAGUACUGCAGAUCUUUAGGAUUGCAACUCGCAUCUUUCGAGACCAGAGAGAAGGCUGAUUCCAUCACCCAGUAUCUCAGCAAUGCAGGUUACAAUAAGUACGACUUCUGGACUUCUGGUAACAAACUUGGCACCGAUAUGUUCUUGUGGAUGAGCACCGGUUUACCUUUCAAUGCGACUUUCAACUACAUGAAGAAACAGAACGAUGCCGCCGAUGACACCAUGGACAUUCCCAGCGGCAGCACCAGCCCCCAGAGAACAGCUCGCGAAAGCGAUAGCGGAGCCGCCAACGGAUGCGUCGCUUUGAAGGCGCCGAGCUUCGAGUGGGACACCGACGAUUGCAUGACAAUCAAGGAUUUCAUUUGCGAACAAACGCGUUGUUAUUAUUAUAAUUACGGCUCGAUUCCUGUGUCAUCCGCGCAGGGGCGUCCCCUGACCGCCGCCGCGACCACCACCACCACAUCAACCACCACCACAACCACCACGACCACCACAGAGAAACCGGACGCGUCGUCCUCGCCGGCUUUGGAGGAGUUCAAGCACCACACCAUCAACGAGUUCAUGAGCAAGUGGCGCUCGAGCUUCUCCCAUUCCUCGGAGGCCGCCAAGGACGGCGCACAGGACAUCAAGGCUCCGGUUUUCCCCCAUGGAAGCGAGGACGUGGCCGUUGAGCAGGCGACGAACGGCCCUUACGACACCUUCCUCGGCAUGGAACUGCACGACGAUCCGGCCGCUCUCGUGGAGCACCACGACCAGGAUAACGAUUACGUGUCUACGAUCGAGCCCGAGACCGGUACACUUUACGAGCGUUUCUUAAAAUCCGUCCAAUAAUUUAAUAUUUAUAUGUACUUUGUUUCAUCAUUAUUAAUAUUUUUUUUUUAUUUUAUUAUUUUUUCGUUCCAAAGGAGCUCUUAGUACUUCAUUUACUCUUAUUUUUUUUUGUUUGUUCAUUUUGUUUCUAUUCUCAUAAUUCCAUGUAACAUAACAACUACAUAUAGUGCCUUAUACCUUAGCUAUUAGUUAUAUAAUCGACAAUGUGUAUCUGUCGGACAUUAUUUUUUUUUUGUAUGUAUUCGCCCCGACGAAAAUCGACUCGAGGAAACGAGAUUUCCGCGGGCGCGAAAAUUAUUAAAAAUUAUACAUAUAUACAUAAAAAAUGCGAAAAAAAUCAAGACGUAGGUGAAAA